CCGAAGCCCCCCUUGACGCUGCUUCCGCGGUCUGCUCCUCCGCGCUCUCUCCACCUCCCUCAAUCUUCUGCUCCGGCCUCCGGUCAUUGUUUUCACUUCGUUAGGGCUACUCUUUCCCUUCUUCUUUGCCCCCUUAUAUCCUUUGAUCUGCUCUUUUCUGCUUCCCUCCGGCGAAGCUGUCGAGGCAGAGGCGGAUCGCGGGCGGUGACGUACGCUGCAAGCAGUCUCGGUGGCGCUGAGCUCGGUGUCGCCGGAUCAAAUCUCGAGAAAACGACAGAGAGCGUGUGGGAGUGAGUGAGUUCGAGAAUAAAAUAUUGGAAUGCGGCGGUGGGGAGGCGGGGCUCUCUUCCUGAUAGUGUUCGAGGGGGAAAAAAAAGGCAGUGACGUCGAAGGGAAGGGUUUGGACGUCUGCGCAUGGCAUGAACACCGAGGUUAUCCUCCCAGCCUUGCGCAGUGGAAUCUAUACUUCCGCGUGUAGCUUCUUUUAAAUUAUUUCCCGUUGCCGUCCGUUCGUGCUUUUUCGCGCAGUUUGUGGUUUGACAGAAGAGAGAGCUCUCCGGAGAUAGUGAUCGCUCGAUCUGAUUCUGUCUUUGCUUGGAGGCUGCGGCAGAAACUGCUAACGUUAUCCAAAAAGGAUCACGGGUUCAUUUUUUUCUCUCUCGCUGACGGGAUGCCGACUAAAAUCAUUGAACAGAAUGGCCUAUCUCCAUUUCUUCGGAAUUCUGAGGAUUCUUCCUUCUUCUCCAAGAGAUAGUCUUUCCGAUAGAGACGCAAGUUGGGUUGAAGAAAUCAGGUCGAGAGAUCGAUCUUCAUGAUUUUCAAAUCGAGUAAAGACAUAUGCUGGAGCACAUUUGCAUGUGGUAGGAAGGAGUUUGGACGAUUACUAAGUUUUGGAGUGCAGGAAGUGACAUUGAUCAUGCCAAACAAUUAGUCAGUUUCAUCACCACUAAAUAAUUUUCCUAUAACAGGAAUUCACCCUGUGAGAAAUUUAGGACAGAGUGAGCUUUGGACGACAAAGGAGCAGAUGAGUGGCAUAUCAAAUUCAUGGAAAGAUGAUAAUCAUUAUUCAACUCUCCAAUCUGAUCUUUCCAGUCUAUCAACUUCUGCAAUGGAGGAGCCCAAAAAUCAGAGUGGAUCCCUUUAUGAAAGACGUUUCUCAAGUUCUUUAUCAGAUAUAUUUGUAAAAAGAUUGCAAUUGUCAUCAAACAAUGCUACUUUCUAUCAGUCUGGACAUGAAAAUAACUUAGAUGAAGAUGAACCUUUUGAAACAAUGGAAGAACUUGAAGCUCAAACAAUAGGAAACCUUCUUCCUGAUGAUGAUGAUUUGCUAUCUGGUGUUAUCGAUGAUAUUGGAUUUGUUGGCCAAAUCAAUGAUAGAGCUGAUAUUGAUGAUGACAUAUUCUACAAUGGUGGAGGUAUGGAACUAGAAGUCGAUAAUAAUAGUGAUGCCAAUAAAGCUUCUGCACUUGUUGUAGAAGCAGCUAAUGAGCAGCUAAGUGGACCAAAUGACCUAUUUUCUGGUGAACACCCUUUUGGUGAACAUCCUUCAAGAACUCUUUUUGUUCGAAACAUUAAUAGCAAUGUUGAAGAUGCUGAGUUACGAGCUCUUUUUGAGCAAUAUGGUGAGAUACGGACAAUUUAUACUGCUUGUAAACAUCGAGGUUUUGUUAUGAUUUCUUACUAUGAUAUAAGAGCAGCACGAAAUGCGAUGAAAUCACUUCAAAGUAAGCCAUUGAGGUGGAGGAAGCUUGAUAUCCACUUUUCAAUUCCAAAGGACAAUCCAUCAGACAAAGAUAUAAACCAGGGUACACUUGUUGUAUUCAACCUUGAUUCAUCUGUUUCCAUUGAUGACCUCCAUCACAUAUUUGGUGCUUAUGGUGAAAUCAGAGAGAUACGUGAAAUGCCUCAUAAGCAUAAUCAUAAAUUUGUAGAAUUUUAUGACGUGAGAGCUGCUGAAGUAGCACUUCGUUCUUUAAACAGGAGUGAUAUUGCUGGUAAGAAAAUCAAGCUGGAGCCUAGCCGUCCAGGAGGCGCAAGACGGUGCUUGAUGCAAUCCCCAGAGUUGGAGCAGGAAGGAUCAAAUGGAUGGAAACUGGGAUGUGCGUCUCUUGGAACAAUUGCAUCCAAUGGUCUUGAAAAUGGAUCUUUGAAUGGCCAACGCUCUACGGUUUGUGCUCCAAUUAAUCCUUUCACAAAGACCACAUCCCAUGCAAUCUCUUCCACUGUAUCCCAUAAUAUGUCAACCAUGAGAUUUGAAUCCAUAGGUUGUUGCUACAAUCAAGCUUCUCAUGCUGAUCUUAACCUUUCUUUAAACCAGUUCAAUUUGGGAGCUCAAGGGCAAGGUGCACUUUGUCUCCAUCCUCAUUCACUUCCAGAGUUUCACAAUGGAAUAGCAAAUGGCUUUCCAUGUGAGUCCCCAAACCUGAUGUCAUCUUUGAGCCUUAAUGUCAACUUGAGAUCUGCUGAAGAAACUGAUAACAAAUUUCUCCAGAAAGUGGGAUUUGGUAGCCUUAACAACCAGUACAACAGUGGUGAAGUUAUUGGAGUUUCUGAAAUUGGAAGUUUCCCACUUAAUGGGCGAUCAUAUGCUUGGGAUAAUUUUAAUUUUAGUCACCAUCCCUCUAGCCCCGUAUUAUGGUCAAACUUAUCAUAUGUGAACAUUUCUACUCAUGAUCGAUCUCAAAUGCAUGGGCAUGGGGUUCCAAGAGCGUCAUCUCAUAUGCUGAAUACAGUUCCACCUUUGCACCAUGUUGGUUCUACCAUUGAUUCAAAUGCUUUUCUUCAUGGAUCUCUUGGAAACAUGGGUUUUUCUGACAUCCCUAAGUUGCACCCAGUAGAACUUGCUUCCUAUAGCCUCUUCAUUCGCGCUAGUCGAAACUGUAUUGACGCUACCCCUUCACAUGUGGGGAUCUCUUCACCCCAUCAAAGGGGCCAGAUAUUCCAUAGUAGAAAUGCUAUGAUCAUGGCACCUAGUUCACUUGAUGGUUCAAUUGACCGUAUUAAGAGCCGAAGAAAUGAUGCAAAUUCUAAUCAGGGUGAUAGCAAAAAGAAGUAUGAACUCGAUAUUGAACUUAUCAUACGUGGUGAAGAUCCUCGUACAACACUUAUGCUCAAAAACAUUCCUAAUAAGUAUACUUCCAAGAUGCUGUUGGCUGCAAUUGAUGAACUUCAUCGUGGAACUUAUGAUUUUUUCUAUUUACCAAUUGAUUUUAAGAACAAGUGCAAUGUUGGAUAUGCAUUUAUGAACAUGACGAAACCUCAACACAUCAUUUCAUUUUAUCAGUCAUUCAAUGGCAAGAAAUGGGAAAAAUUUAACAGUGAAAAGGUUGCUUCACUUGCAUAUGCUAGAAUUCAAGGAAAAUCUGCUCUUGUUGCUCAUUUCCAGAAUUCUAGUUUAAUGAAUGAAGAUAAACGCUGCCGUCCUAUCCUUUUCCAUUCAGAUGGUCCAAAUGCUGGAGAUCAGGAACCCUUUCCUGUGGGGCUUAAUAUCAAGUCCCGAUCCGGCAGGUUAAGGACUGCAAAUGGUAUUGAAGAGCAACACCAAGGUAGUCCUGUCUCUGCAAAUGCUGAAGCAUCUCCUGAUGCAGCUGGCUCUCCUUCAGGUUCUACAAAGAACUUGGAGUAAACCCGUGCUGCCUAUACUGGUUAACUAAUCAUCGAGAGAAGACAUGUAACUAGACCUAAUUUUCUGCUUCCCCUCAUACCUUCUAAACAGAAGAGCUGAAGUUUUUAUUUCAUUAUGGUGUUUGCCAAUGUCAACGAACUAGUUUGUGGUGCAAAACCAGUUUCUUUGCUUGUUUUCUCAGAUAAUUUAAACAUUGAAUCAAGUCAGAAAAGGCGAAGGCCCAGGGAGAGCUUUAAGAUUUUGGCUGACUAUAAGAGAAAAUAUACAAUGUAUAGAAGUUCCAGUUUGACAGGAUACUUUCUAUAGCCUAUGUGAUUUUUACUCCUGGCCUUUACUUUUCCCUGGAAUUGGUUCAUUUUUAGUUAUUUUUACAGAUUUGACUCUUGACAAAUCUCUGUGUAUCUGAUUUGAGAGAUGAAUACUUCUGCAUUUGUUCCGAAGGCUGGAUUUGAUUGGAAAGCUAUUAUUAAAAAUUUAUAUAGCGAUUUUAUGCUAUCAAGUA